AUGAUCAGUUUUUACGAUAUCAAGAAUGUGUUAAGUUGGCGAUCGAUUCAGCCUCACCUAUGCACGCUGGCCGUGGCUCUAAGUUUCAACAGCAGCUGGCGAGCACCGCGCGAUGCCUUUCGCUAUGGAGGCAUAACCAGUGCGUUGGUGACGACAGUUGCCGCGUUGCUUAUAGCGCUUCCUGGUGUAUUACUCCAACUAGCUGUAGGGCAACUGAGCCAACAAGACGCUGUGGGAAUAUGGAGGGCCGUGCCGUUUUUCAAAGGUGUUGGAUUUAUUAGAUUGCUGAUAUCAUUUAUAGCCGCUUUGUAUACGGUCAUAUAUAUAGCGAUAUCUAUCACCUAUAUAUUUUACAUACUUAACAAUCCUAUUACCAAAACUGAGUGCUCAGUUGUUUUAGAGGCACAGGAAGGCGAUGUAGACAUUGUUAACAAUGCAACGAGCUGUUUAAAUGAAACAUUUUUGGCUCCUAUUGGUGAACAGCCAGAAUAUUAUAUAGCACUGGCAUUUAUUGUUAUAGCGCUUUGGAUACUGUUUCCUUUUAUCCUUUACAAUCCAGUAAAACUUAUGAAAAGGUUAUUUUAUGCUUUUGGAUUUCUCGUUCUCUUGCUGGGUAUCAUUAUAUGUUCGUACGUCGGGAAUAAACGAGAGGUUUCAUCAAUGGCCAAUAGUAGUGAUUGGGUUAACCUCGUGCGACCGGACAUUUGGCAAAGCGCGAUGGUGCAAGUUCUACUGUCCAAUCAGAUCGCUGGGGGCUACCUCGUUUCUUCUGGCGAUUCAAUAUACGCUAACACUAAUGUUCAAUGGACUACGUUAACUGUUGUUGGCGCGAAUGUUCUGUUUGGCUGGCUUGGUAUACUAUUCUGGUUCGCGGUGGGAGGUACCGGCGACAAGGAGACAAAUAGCUUGGCCUUGAUUGUCCAGAUCUAUAAGGUAUCCGCCGAAAAGAAUUUAGGCACCGUGUGGACCAUACUCAUGUUCUCUAUGAUAUCGUUCUCAGGAAUGAUUACAAUGCUAACAUUAUUAUAUCCACUGUACGAUCGCUUCCGUCGUGUUGGAGGCCACAAGUGGCGACACAUAUCUAUGGGCAGCUCCGUGUUAGGCGCUGUGGGGGCUCUCGCAAUGUUUAUGAUUGGGCACUCUGCUCUGGCGUUGAUGGAAGAUGUCGUGGUGCCUUGCCUCGUGGUCAUAACCACCGUGGUAGAAAUUUUUGCCUUCGUGUUCAUUUACGGAUGGAAAGCGUUAGUUGAGGAUAUCGAGUUCCUCCUUGGAAGUAAGCUGCCAAAGUGCUGGGUGUGGGGCUGGUGUUCAGUUCCUGGUAUCAUAACGCCGAUUAUGCUUUGGUGGAUCGUCGUCUGCUUUAUAAACAACCCGGAAUGGCUCGAAGCCCCGUGGGAGUCAGCAGGCAUCGCCGCAAGCAUCAGUGCAGUGUUUGUCCUGUUUUUCGUUUUUGCUGCUAUAUCAGUAGCGAAACAAGUCCAGUAUGAUCUUUUGGGGAAGCUGAAGUCAUCGUUUAGGCCUUCUCGACACUGGGGGCCUCGGGACCCGAUCACUCAUCACUACUGGCUAGCUCGGCGGGAGGAAGGGGAUCGGCACGUGCCUCGAAUGAGAUUCCGUCGACAACAACUGGGAGAACUCUCCGGAAUUUCGGGCUUUAGACAUAUACGACCACAAAAUAAGAUUCCUGCAAGAUCUGGAUACAAAGUUCGUUCAAACUCUGAUGAUUUUAUGGUUAUUUCUAGACGAAAUUUAGUUGCGGAGCUAAAUCAAUGCCGUUCAGAGAGUAGAAAGCGUUCGAAAUCUUUGGAUUGCGAUUCAACACUUAGAAUAAUGUUACAAAAUAAAUUUCACAAUUGGAUUUGUAGUUUGACUUCCGGUGAUUCUAAAUCGUCAGGGCAAGGAAAUGAUAAUAACAAUAUCGUUAAGGACGGCCUUGAGUGAUUCGUAGCGUAUAUAA